ACAAUCAGCUCCAGCCUUAUGUUAACGCCAGCCUUACAGCGGUCAAUCCGUAAUACAUGCCAAAAACAAGGGCAUCGAGUAAACCAAAUUGCCAGCGAACAAAAUCAGCAAUGGCUUCAAAAUCAGCAAAGACGUGUCCGCCGAGAACAUGAGGCGGACUGAGGAGGCGAAAGCGGCCGGGAGUCGCUAGAGAUCGCUCCGCCUCUGCCUCUUCAAUCUCAAUAAACCUUCCUUUCAAUGGCCUCGAUGUCCCGCGCUUUUCUCACCUCUCCUCUCUCCGAGCUGUCACUGAAGCCCCUCCAGCCGCCACAGCUUCCCCGGACUUCCUUCGCGCACCACCUCCUCAUCCGCCCCUUUCUUCCGGCCGCUCUCACUUCCUCUAGACGGCGCCCGUCAUCUUCUGCUACAAUCAGUUGCCUCGUCUCCGGAGUUGACGGCGGCGGAGUUUCCGACGACUUCGUUUCCACCGCAAAGUCUGGGUUCGGCCGCGAAUUCGACGUGAUCGCCAAUAUGCUCAAGCAGAUUCAGCCUUUGGACACUUCAGUCAUUUCUAAAAGCGUUUCUAGCGCUGCCAAGGACUCUAUGAAGCAGACCAUAUCCACUAUGCUAGGGUUGCUACCAUCGGAUCAGUUCUCCGUAACAGUUCGGGUUUCAAAACACCCUCUCCGGCGCCUAAUUGUAUCCUCCAUAAUUACCGGGUAUACCUUGUGGAAUGUGGAGUAUAGAACAUUGUUGAUGAAGAAUUUUGACAUUUCGUCGAACAGUUCACGAAACUUGAACUUUGAGGAUGGAAACAAGGAGUCUUUGGUAAAUAGUGAAGAAGUUGUUAAUCAGAAAAUACAAAGCAGAGGAGAUGGAUUCGAUGAAAUUUCUCAGACGACCAGCAGUCUCCAAAAUCUUGGGAAUUUGUCUCCUGAAGCUCUGGAAUACAUUCAGCAAUUAGAAACAGAGCUGUUAAAAGUCAAACAGUGCUGCUGCUCUGGAGUGUGUGUACAGAGUAACAGUACUGAUUGCGUAUCCCCUAAACAACGAAAGGCGUCUCAUGUCACUGGCCUAGUUCAGGAACUCAAUGCUCAGAAGCAGGAAAAUUUGAAGAUAGAUGAUGACGAGCGAAGCAACAAUAAUCUGUUAGAUUACUUGCGCUUGUUGGAACCUGACAUGGUGAGUGAAAUUUCUAAGCCAUCGUCAUUUGAAGUGGAGCAAGUAAUUCAUCAACUGGCCGAGAACAUAUUGCAAUUGUUUUUCAAAGAAGAGGUUGAAGGUGAGUGUGAGGCGAGCAUAUUGCUUGAAGUAGACACCUCAAGGGAUUAUUUGGCAAAGCUUCUUUUCUGGUGCAUGCUACUUGGCCAUCACUUGAGAAGCCUGGAAAACAGAUUACAUCUAAGCUGUGUUGUUGGAUUGCUUUGAAAUUUACAAUAAUAUCAAUGAUAAGGAAGAAUUUUAUCCUACCUUUUUAAAUUAGAAAAUGGUUUUAUUAAGUGUCCGUGGGACACAUGAUAAUAGGCAAUUGAUGUGUAUGUUUAUAAUUUUUUAAUGAUAAUGUUAUUGAGAAUAGUAAUAGACAUUUAGUUCUUGAAAAAUGGAACUUGUAUUACUAUUAGAUUUUCCAAUUCCAAAA